AUGACCGACGUACGCAAAGUCGUUACGGUUUCGGACCUCUCCUCCAAACACAAGUCCUCACGUCCCGCUCCCAUGACUAGGAAAACUACGCCUCAGGGUGGCCAGAAGUUGGGAAAGAGCCCAAGGGACCGCGAGAAAGAAUGGGAGGAGGACCGUUUCUUCGACGACGAGAGGGAGAGCUUCCCCCAGUUCUGCAUGACUUGCGAAAAGCAAUUUGUACCCCACGAUGAGCGGUUCCUUUACUGCUCCGAAGCAUGCCGUGCUCACGAUCGGAACAAUACAUCUGCAACCACAGCGUUUCCAAGUCGCUAUGCGGGCCAGUACACCGCCAACUACCCCCUCUACUCGGGCAGUCACCUGGAGCCAAAAGACAUCAUACCCCGCGCAUCGCCAUCCCGACCUAGCUCGACGCACUUCUCCCCGCCUACCACCCCCAAUUCUUCCAAUCACACGACAGCCAUAUCAGCUCUGCGGUCUCUUUCCAUUCGGCCACCGAGUCCUCCCUCGCCAACGGGGUCUUACCACACCAGCAUCUGGCCCUUCAACCGCAGCCCUGCGGCCAGCCCGAGUACAUCUUAUUCGAAGGUUGCUCCCAGGGUGUUCUCAUCCACCUAUGACCCUGGUUACUACGGUGUUGCUGGAGCAGUCAGCUAUGGGAUGACCUCCUCGAGCAUUGACCGGCCCCUCCCUUCGAGGAGACCAGGGGCUCACUCGAGACCCAAGAGCAUUGAGCUUGUUACGCCCAUGGUUGGCCGUUGA